ACUGAUAAGGGUCGCCAAGGAGACGUCGUAUUAUAAAUAGUCAUAUCUCCAGACAUUACUCAGAUAAGUCGACCUGGUGUUUGAUAGUGCUCGACAUGAUUAAAUCGGAGUUCUUGGUGGCGGCGGUAUUUCUAUGGUGUUCCUACGUUGUGCGAUGUAAUGUGCCGAGUCCAUGUGAUGCAACGGUUAAGUGUGCAAAUAAUAUGACAGUUUGUGAAAAUGGUUUCUGUCAUAUACAGGCCGAUCAAGUAUGCACAAUUGUAACUACAACAACCGUAGCAACAACUGUAACAACAACAGGUGCAACUUCACAAGCAUCGAGUUCUUCUUCGGCAACAACAACUACUGUGACAACAACAAUUACUACGAAACCAUCUGUCGGCGGAAAACGAAGAAGACGCAGUACAAACCAACAGGAGUGUGUUUCAAACGCAAGUUGUGUAUCAGGCAAACAAACCACACUGGUAUGCGCGUGUAAUGAUGGCUAUACUGCAGAUAAUGGAAAGUGCAACAAAGAUCCUGGCAAUGGCGCGGGACAUUUGAGAGUGACGGACCUUUUUACUGUCAUGGUGAUGACAGUGCUAAUGUUUCUCAUCUUAAAAAAACUUUCAGUGCUGCAGUGGUCCAUUGACUUGUCGGUACCAUUGCGUACCGUUUGUAAAUAACUCUAUAUCUUUAGG